ACUGCAGAUGGUCGGGGAAAACUAUCCAACCGAGGGUAGAGAGAGGCGCUGGUUAAAUGAAAGUGCUGCCAGGAAAUUGCGCGUUGACUGUAGAAGCAAUAUAGCUCUUUCUUCAUGCUGGCAAAAAUAGAUAAAAGAAAUACGAAAGAAAUGCUCUAUUCUUGUAGCAACAGACAGAAAAAGAAGGACACUUCUGCCUCCCAGAGAAGCCAGAAAGGCACUUUACGCAAAAGCAACAAGAAAUUGAGAAGGUUUGGAGUUAUUUCCAGAACAUUUUUAUUGUGUAAUUCCAAAAGCAGUGAUGAGAGAACAAGUGCCGAGGAAAAUGACUCCACAUCAAGGGACAGAGUGUCUGAAGGUGCGAGUGAAUUACAUGAAAGUAGCUCUGAAUCUCAAGUUGUAUCACAAGCCCAGAAGAAGGUCUUGAAUGUCAAGGUCUCCUUAACUCCAAAUGAAUUGAAGCCAAGCGGAGUUGGUGAACCUGGAAAUGACGUAAGGAAAGAACAUCCCAGCAAGGAAUGCAAAACCAAUGGGACAAUUGAAGUGGAGUUAGCUAACGGAAAGUUUCUUAAAUCACCUGAUCCACAGACUGAAUUUUCAUGCCAAAGGACUCGCUGUAACUCAACAGGAGUAAAUUCCUACUGGUCGGACAAAAAUGUUGAUUCUCUGGUUGCCACGAAACAAGUUCUCUGUAGAAAUCCUCCGACAUACUCGCUCUGUGGCAACAGGAAGUCUCUCUCACAACAGCUGGAAGCUCCAGAAAGUGUCCAUACAAUCACACGAGCUGCUCGAUCCUUAAGUUCAGCUCAUUUAUUCCAUUUGGGUUGCAGCGCCCCGCCCUCUGUCAUUUCAAACAUUAUUCUGAUGAAAGGCCAGGGGAAGGGACUGGGCUUCAGUGUGGUCGGAGGAAGAGACAGUGUUUAUGGACCCAUGGGGAUCUUUGUAAAGACGAUAUACCCAGAGGGAGCAGCUGCAGCUAAUGGGCGAUUGAGAGAAGGUGAUGAAAUACUCGAAGUGAAUGGAGUGUCUAUGAAUGAAUUAACCCAUGAAGAAGCCAUACAAAUAUUUAAGCAAGUAAGGAAAGGGGUUCUCACACUGACUGUCAGGACGUGUCUGAAGGGCCCCAGUCUCACUCAGCGUCAAUCAGCAGCAUACCUGAGCCGUUCAUGGUCAAUCAGUUCAAACGCUCAUAUCACUAGGGGAAGCUGUUCAAGCUUGGAGCUGGAUAACACACUCUUCUUGCCAAAGAUACCUAAUCCUGAUGACAGAAUAAUUAUGGAAGUCACUUUGUACAAAGAGGAAGGUGUUGGUUUGGGAAUUGGGUUGUGCAGUGUGUCCACACAUCUGCAGGCAUCUGGCAUUUAUAUCCACACACUAUCUCCGGGAUCGGUGGCACAUCUAGAUGGAAGGCUGCGGUGUGGUGAUCACAUUUUAAAAAUUAAUACAACCAACGUCCACAAUCUGACUCUGAAUGAAGCUUAUGCUCUUCUCCAGCACUGUAGGCCUGGACCAAAUGAUCUGGUGAUUAGCCGGCAUCCGGAUCCCGUGAUCUCUGAGCAGCAAUUCAAUGAUGCAAUUCUACAAACAGUUGAAAGUGCGAGGUUUAAUAGGGACAGUUAUCAAUGGAGUGUACAAGGUUUGAGGAAAAUCGAAGCAAGCUGGCACAGAAAGAAGACAUGGGAAAAGUGCAUGGACAGAAGUUUCACCAGAAAAGCUCUGAAGCCAAUGACACGCUCCAGCAGUGAUAGCAGUUACUUUAAUGGUGCAGCCAUUAACUCUGGCACCCUCUUCUAUGUAAAUCACAACAAAAGCCUACAGGCAGAUGUACCUAGUUCAGAUAACCCACAGACUGACACCAUUGGGUUGCCAUCAGAGAAAGAGCAUGAACAACUGGGUGGUCUCAAUAAGGAUUUUUAUUUAAUCAAACUUAAUGAUAAGCUUACAUCAGAAAUGACUGAUAGGAACAAUAAUGAUUCAAAGAGGAUUCGUCCACCAACUCCACCGCCAAGGACCACGAGCAACAAGAAUUACCAGCAGAAGGAUCACUGCGUUUCAGAGGUGAUUGGAGAUCCACACACGAAAAGGAAAGAUAGACAGUCUCAGACUUGCCACUGUCAGGAAGUGAAAAACCUGCAGUCAGAAGAAAAUAAGACAGUUUCCAUUUCCUCAGAUGCCUUCACCCAAAUAUUUGCUCAAGACCAAACUCAACAUUUACUUUUAUGUAAUACCUAUCACCGUGACCUAAGAGGAACAAAUCAAGUGAACUGCUCAGCGUCUGCAAGGCCGUUGCUGAGAAGACAAGCAUGUUUGGAUCUUUGCUGCAAGGGUGAGAAACAGGAAAUCUCUGUUGGAACGACUGAGGCUGCAGAAAACCUCCAAAAGAAAGCUGUUUCGACAGUGAUGGAAGACUCCGUGGGUAAGGAAGUGGCAGCAAAGCAUUGGGCUACCGUAGAGUCACAGGAACUUUCCACUCAGUCAGAACUCCCACAGCUGACUGGAAAUCAAGAGGUGACUGCAAGCAAACAUAUCAAUGGACAUUCUGAUGCAGAUGCUUCUGUUGACAACUUCAACUUAAAUGCCACUGUUCACAAACAUGAAGUUAAAAGGGAGAUAUUAUCUUCGCCCGAGGAUUUGGAAGGGGUUGCAUCCCUAGAAGACCAUAGACUGGUUCUAACUGUCGGAGUGAUGGAUGGAAAGGUAUCGGAACUCUCAUCUUGUGUUCACACUUCUCAGCUAAACGGUCCCAGUUAUGGUAAAAUGGAGACAUCGUCAAUUGAAAACCUUGCAAUGCAGCCAAAAGAAAAAGCCUUUGGAACUGAGACCAACAAGAACUGGGCAACUUCAAGGUCCACAAAUGACUUACAGCUGAAGCCAGACGGUGAUGGGUCACUAAUUAGGAAGCUCGAUGAAAAGACAACUGUGAAGAAAGGACCUCCUGUAGCUCCCAAGCCAGUGUGGUCCCAACAAAGCCUGAAAGCUUCAAAGAACAGGAUGCAGGCCAAUGACGCUGCCCAGGAAAGCAAUAACGAGAGGGGCCUUGUCUCAACUGGGAAGUUCACUCCACGAGUCAAAUCCAUAAAAGACAAGAUCUAUUCUUUUGAAACUUUCUCCAGUUCGGAUAUUCCAGACAAAGGAAACAAAAACAACACCCAUUCACUGCCAACCUUGGGUAAAGCCCUGGAAAGAACAGUCUCAGCCCCAAGUUGUGAACAAGAUUCAAAAGUAAAGCCAAUAUCUCCAGGUACUUUGAAGCAGCCUCCUGAGAAUGGGAACGUAUCUCAGACACUGGUUAACGAACUGGCACCAGGAGCCCAAGCUACCAAGAUUCCCUCUGGUCCAAGGAGAAGUUAUAGUGCGAGUAGUGAAUCAUCCACCUCUCUGCCCGGUUCUCCACUGACACCAUCCCAGCCGGUGAAAUCACCUGGGCUACGAACUAGAAGCUUUCCUCUGGCCGCCAGUACCACAUAUGAACCUUGUGAAGUAAAAGCUUUGAGAGAAGGACAACUCUCAGCCAGCAGUGACAAGAUACAUACCUUCAGCAACCAGCUGUCACAUGCCCUGAUGAAAAGUAUACUUGCCUUUCCCAUGUCACCGGUAUCUUUGUGUGGCAGCCCUUGGAACACACAGCCUUCCACUCCAACCACUGAGGACCUGUCUUUGGCCGAGAGGUCACCAUUGUCUUCGCCAACAGUGAACAAUCAGUUGGAGAAAGGCUUCUCUCUCAGUCUUGCAGAGUUGAGAGUCUGCACUAUUAAUUUGGCAGAUGAAAACCAGAAGGAAGAUGAUAGAAAAGAAGAUGGUAAAAAGGAACGCAGCUCAUCGUUAUCUUCCUGUGUCUCUGCACAGUCAGUCAUGUCCUUGAUUCCUGCAGAAGAGCUGGAGAAACUGAUAGCAGAAGUAAAGUCUCUGGAUGAGGAAACUUUAAAGCAAUUAGAUGACAUCCACGUCGUGGUCCUGCACAAAGAAGAAGGCUCUGGUUUAGGAUUCAGCAUAGGUGGAGGUGUGGACUGUGAAAAUAAAGUGACAACUGUUCACAGAGUGUUUCCCAAUGGACUGGCCAACCAGGAAGGAACAAUUCAAAAAGGGGAUGAGAUUUUGUCAAUCAAUGGGCAGUCACUGAAAGGUGCAACUCACACUGAGGGUCUGGCUAUCUUGCGCCAAGCUCGACUGCCGAGGCAAGCGGUAAUUGUGGUACACAAGGCCAAGGAAAGUGAAAGCAAGCUCAGCACUUCAACAGAAUCCUCAACAACCGAGAACCCUGCUGGCUCAGAAGAUAAACUGAGCACUUUCACCGUGACACUUGAAAAGAACACCACAGGAGUUGGCUUCAGCUUGGAAGGGGGAAAGGGCUCUAUUCAUGGGGAUAAACCGCUGAUUAUCAACAGGAUUUUUAAAGGAGGAGCAGUUGAACAGAACAACAUCAUCCAGCCUGGAGACGAACUACUACAACUAAACUCCACCAUCCUCCAAGGUCUUAGCCGCUUUGAGGCUUGGAACGUCAUCAAAUCCCUGCCAGAUGGCCCCUGCACAGCAGUAAUCAGGAGGAAAGGAGCCAUUCCUAUCACAGCCAAAGGCACAGAGAUAUCACAAGAUGCUGAACAAAGCCGCUAAUAAUCAACC